ACUAGAACGGGAACAAAAGUGAAGGAAUCCUUGAAACCUCCUCCACAUACGACUACUACCACGACUAUCAAUACAACCUCGACUGCUAAUACUCUCUCAGUUUGCAACAAUUUGGGUCUGACCCGGAGACACUUCCAUCAUGGUGCAGAAAUACGAGUCCCCCGUAAGAGUGUACAAGAACCCGUUUGAAUUGGUGAUGAAGGCUUAUGAAAUGCGAUUCCCGACGUGCGACAUGAUCCCCGUUGUGAAAGAGACUGAAAUCAUCGGAGAAGAGAUCUCUGAAGAUGGCGCCAUUCACGUGAUCGAUCGACGAGCCAAGCUCAGCAUUGAUGUGCCAUACCUGCUCAAAAAGAUCAUGGGUGUGGACCAUCUUUUGUUUCGCCAAAAGAACACCCUCGACAAACGAGGGCGGACUUUGGAGAUUGAUGCCUGGAAUGAAUCAUUUUGCAACCGUGUGGUCAUCAAAGAGCUUUGCAUUUACUCCGUCCACCCUGAAAAUCCGGAAUGGACCUGCUUCGAACAGAAAGCGGACCUAGAUAUCAAAAGCUUCUUUGGGUUCGAAGGAUCGGCAGAGAAAGUGGCCAUCAACGAGUACUCCAAGAAUAUCGCCAAGAGCAAGGAUAUCAUGGAGUAUUACAUCAAUCUUCUUUCGGAGCAAGGCGUGACUCAUGUCCCGAUCUGGAGCCCUCCUGAGGGAUCUCAAAAGAAGCCCGAAAACAAGGAGGAGCCAACUGUCCAAGAGUCCACUGUGGCCAAUGGGAAGGAGAAGGCGUUGCUCCGCCGGAAAUCCUCGGGCAUCCGAGGAGAACUCGAGGCUCUUCAUAUUGAAGAGAGCAGCUCUAGCAAGUUGGAGCAGGGCUAUAUUCAAAUGUAUUUGGGUGAGCUCACGCCCAUGCAAGAAUCUCGACUGGUUCAGCUCAAGAAUCGCGUUUCGGAGCUUCUAAGAGGCAAAGUUCCGAGUGAUCCAGUAUUCCUGCGAUUCCUCCGAGCUCGCGAGUUUAACGUGGAAAAAGCUCGCGAGAUGCUUUCCCAGUCCCUCAUGUGGCGAAAGAAGCACGGGGUGGACAAGAUUCUAAACGAGUACGAACUCCCCAAGGUAAUAAAGGACUUCUUUCCUGGGGGUUGGCAUCAUUCUGACAAAGAAGGUCGUCCCUUGUUCAUUCUUCGUCUGGGCCAAAUGGAUGUCAAAGGAAUCAUCAAGUCCGUCGGCGAGGAAGGUAUUACGAAAUUGACCUUGCACAUUUGCGAAGAAGGACUUCGAUUGACCGAGGAAGCCGCUCAUCGACUGAACAAGCCCAUUAGCACGUGGUGUCUUCUUCUGGAUUUGGAAGGACUCAACAUGCGGCAUUUGUGGCGACCCGGUAUGAAGGCAUUACUCCACAUCAUCGAGAUAUGUGAGGCCAAUUAUCCCGAGACCUUGGGGCGGGUUCUCAUCAUUCGAGCUCCGCGGGUAUUCCCGAUCAUGUGGACGCUGGUUAGUCCUCUCAUUGAUGAGACCUCCCGUGAAAAGUUUCUCUUCUACGGAGGAAACGGCUAUCAAGAGUCCGGUGGUCUGGUGGAUUACAUUCCCAUUGAGCACAUCCCAGAUUGGUUGGGUGGACCGAAAAUCACUGACAUUCCCGAGGGUGGACUUGUGCCCAAGUCCCAUUACAUGCCAGCCGAAGAGUUCGUGAAAGACCAAAGCCCAGGUCCACACUUCCUGGAGGAAUCCUAUUAUCAUUCCACCUCUUUGUCACGCGGUCAAGUUCACGAAGGAGUCAUCCAGAUCGAAGAGCGAGGCACGGUCAUCACUUGGGACUUUGAUGUGCUCAGGCACGACGUCGUGUUCACCGUUUACCGAUUGAGGGACAAGCUCCCGCCCAUCAAAUCUCCAGGCGCCUCGGCCUCGCCCAGUCAAAAGGAUUCCAAUUUCACCUUCCCCGAGCAAAAGGACACGAGCGUAUCGAGUACAAGUGGGACUGGAGCCGGGACUGCCACCACUACUGGCGUGGGCGGCAAUGCUAAUGUAUCGGCUGUCAAAGGCACGGAAAUGGCUCUGGACAAGGUCCAAGACCACAAAACGUGUCUAGACCGCACGUGGAAGGAGAACUUGGACUACUUCAAAGUCGAAAAUAGCAUCGUCUGCCACGACGGCGAGUCCAUUCAGGGCUCUCACGUGACUUCACAUCCUGGUACAUACGUCCUCCAGUGGAAGUUCUUCGACAAGCAUCACUUGGGCCCCUCGUCCGUGAGUCCCUUGGAUGUGAUAGCCGAUUCGUUGUCGGGCACUCAACAUAAGGCCAAAAUUAUGUACUACUACGAGACGCUGAAUUCCGUGGACUAUCGUGGAUCCAUGACGAGCCUCCAAUCUUGCCAGAGUGGCUUCUCCACCAUUAGCAAAAUUUCCAUGGGCAAGCAAUCGUCGAGUGGAGUGAGUUCGGCCCAUUCCGAUAAACUGCAUUCCUGAGAUACGGUCUUGAUGGGGUCGCUGCCCCCGAUUGAGGUCAUCCAGGGCUUUAAGAGUGAGAAAAAACACAGGCGAAUCAAAGGUGGUGGGAUCAUGAGCAGCGCCAAAAUGUUCAAACCCACUUUGAAAAGCCUUCCGAGUAGUGGUGGUAACACGCCUGAUCGGAAGAAACAAUUGAAACACGUCACCCUCUAACCGGAUGCCUUGUCGGAUGCCGUGACCGCCAUCACGCUGACUCCUCCCACGCCAGAAAUGCGAAAAUCCUGAUGAUGUGACAAUUCAAUGGCAUGGGCUGAUUGAUUGCCUCGCUCAUUGCUUCCAAGGGCCCAAAGAAAGUGACACCCAAGCAUUGCCACGUGAUUUGGCCAUUAAUCUCACCUACUAGUGUAACGUUUUCAUGAUGAGAAGAAUUCUUCGGUUUGACCAUAAACAUACAUAUAUUCAAUAUUCACAAGUGAGUGCGAGUGUGGGAGCGAAUGCCCCGAGUGUUUUUGCACUCAUUUUCACAUACAUGUCGAGUUGAAAGUUAAUGCAGAGAGCCAAGUGCUCCCGAUCGUGGCCAUUGAUUACAAACGCUGUGAUGACGGAAAUUGAAGAUAUCCCUUUUACUCGAACAUCCCCUUUUUCUGAAUCAAGGAAAUCUCUGUUGAUGUUUUGAGUCGUUACAUGACUGACAAUGAUCAAUUUUUGUCCCCUGUCCUCCCCUGUGUUAUCAUAACGUACAACAGCAGUAUAGUAGUGUUAGAAACAGUAGCAAAAGCAACUAAGCUUAUAUCUCGAUGGCCAUGAAAAAAAACAGGACUCAAAAUUGCCUCUUCACAAACCAAUUAAUAGAAGCAAGUACGUACGCUACUCUCCAUUUUCUUAGUUUGAUGCUUGUAAAGAUCACUUCCACAUUGCCACUCGUUUUGAUGUACGUUGAGACCAACAGGCCAUUAGUAGGAUAGGGUCCAUGUGGAGGCGCCCAGGAUUUGUUUCCCCCAAUUACAUAGUUCAAUAUUGUAAGGUAGAUCCGAGUUUCUCUGGCGAGGCCAUUUGUUUCAGUAACGGAUUGAGAGCAAUUUGAUAUACGUUAGUAUCGAUGUUCUUGUACAUGUGUUCUGAGACUCCAAUGCUCAUCAUAAGGCUACAAGAUCACCUUCAUCCCAAUCUACUAUCUUUCAUUGUCCAAUGAUGAUGCAUCCCCACCUAUCCAAUGAGAUCCCCUGAAGCCAUAUGAAUUCGUCUAGAUGUGAUUUUCCGCGUGUUGAAAAUAAUGAGUUGGGUUGUACAAUUAUGACAGAAACCUGCAAACAAUAAACUAUUUUUAUCCG